GUGAUUAGAUAAGACCAUUGUUUUAACUUCGCAUUCGUGUUUGUGAGACUGAAAAAACGUGCAAUGAAAAGUUAAUACGUGCAAUGUUGGUGCAACUUGCGUUUGUAGAGGCGAAAAUCUAACCGAUACCUCUCGUCAAUACCGAACACGGAGACCUAAUAUAAGUAUGCGUCAUCACAACUUCCUGUUUUCUCCACACUGGUCACGUUUUCUUCCGGAGGCAGGCAUGGCGGGGCUGCGGGCGUGGGUGGUGGUGCUGGUAUGGGUGGUGUGCCUCACCAGACACGCCCACGGCCAGCUAGGGGUGUGGGACGUGGAGGAAGACACAGAGAGAUUUGACACGCCGAACGCCACAACCAGUCAGCCGUUGCCAGACACAUACUGGGAAAGUGAAGGCAAGUGGGGAGAUGGCGCGGCGGGACGAGGAGAGAGCGGCCUGGUGGUGAGGGGGAGGGAGAGGAGGUGGCGGCCGCUGCUCGAUACCUACCAAGGGUGCUACGACGGGCAGGUGUUUAACGGGACCCUCAUGUACGUGAAUCUGACACAGGUGAUGGAUAACAAUCAACUGGAGGGCGUGGAACAGGCGUGCUUCCACAUGUGCAGCAACAAAAAGCCCCUCUCCUCUAUGUACAUCGCCGUCAGCCCCGCCGUCAGUAGUGGGAUGGAUGGCUGCGGCUGUCAGGAAGCACGGUAUCCUGAUAAUGAGAUGGACGAUGUGGAGUGUGAUGGGGAGCAGAAUUAUUACCGUGUGUACUGCGGUCCCACCAACGAAGACUGUCUAAAUCACGGCAUCACGCUGGCGGCCUCCUCUCUCCUCCUCUGCCUGCCACUCGCUGCUCUUCUACACUCGCUUGCUACGAGUUAUGGUGUACCGACAUGGUUUUAGGCUAUCGUUAGAAUAAAAAUCGAGGGGAAGAUAGAGUGAGAUGGAGGAAUGGAAUAAAGAUAGAACUGCAAAGAAUGGGAGGCACGGAAGAUGUAAGGGACAGAAACAGCUGAAGGAGGUCCGUGCGUGGUGUCAAGGAUAAGGCGAAGGUGAUUGCUUGGUGCUAAUUACGAGAGGUGUAUAGGUCAUGUUCUCAAAUUUCAAGACAUAUUUUGAAUUAUCCUUUUCUGAUUGUACUCUACAGGGACCAACACUUCAUUGAACCUUUUUUUAUUACAUUUUUUUUUCUGUUGUCUUAGGCCAGUACCUCUCAUAUAUAAAUAAUAAUAAUAAUAGUAAUAAUAAUAAUAAUGUCUUUCAUCAGGCUCUAGUAGAAGUUAUUUGGGUUUUCAAGGGUGUUUUUAUGAUUCUAGUGGUAGUUUAACAAGGAUUCUGCUCGGAUAAUGGGAGACAAACAUUAAUGAUCUCUCAGCUGCUCAUCUCUGUGUUCUCUGGGGUAUAGAACUUAAGAGAGAACUAAAUGUUUCAAAAUACGAGUCUGUUAGCUGUGUUCCUAAUAAGAGGGUGUUUUUGCGUCCGUCCUUGUAGUGAUGUCAGGUAGAAUUAUAUUUUAAUCCUGCUUUUUUUUUUUUUUAUAAGGUGAAAGUGUGUUGAAGAGAAAAUAAAAAUAUGUACUCGUACUGUACAUAUACAGAUAAGAAUAAAACGUGGGAGAAAUCAAGUACUGCAGAGGUCAAUGGCCACAACAAACUAUAAUAAAAGUCAACCCUACCGCAAUAACGGAAAAAAAUACAAACAUUUUUUCCUUUAUCAACGACGUUGUUCCGCGUCCAACUUCGUACAUAAAAAUGAAAGUAAACUGGGUGUACUGUAUACGAGAUACUAUUUCAUAUUGUUUCGGAUACGUUCGGCAGAUUUCGUAAAUAAAGAGUAUGCUUAUUU